AAAAAAAAAAGGGCGCCAAGGGAGGAGAGACAGAAAAAAAAAAAAAGAGACACCAAGACAGCGCCCGCCUGUCCGAGCCACAAGCGGGAAACACACCCUCCACGCCCCUCCUAGCGCAGAUACGAGCAAGCAGCAGCCACGCGCCAUCGCGGCCGUCGUUCCUUCCGCCGUCGCCGCCUUGCUCCGUAUUCAACCUCACGCAGAAAGUAUCUUACCUGCAUAUCUGCAAGCUGCUGGCCUGCAAACGGGCCUCUGUCCAGCCCGGAGCACGACGGUCGAGUGCGGCACAGUGUUUGCUUGCGACAGAGUGGAGGCUUAUCAGCAGCAGAGAACACCCAUCACCAGACAGGCAGGAAAGCGCAACGCAUCGUCAGUCAGCCCGGACAAAUUGAGGACGGCAAGCACGACAGCGUUGGCCCGCAAAGUUUGGUCCUGUUUGGACAUUUUGGUUCCUCUGCACACGCUGCAACAAGUCGCAUUCCUCCCCCUUUUGCUUGCGCAAUUUGUCUGGGCGUCAGGAGUUGAUCUUGGCAAUCUCUGCGGAUCGGGUCCCACAUCCAAACUGGACCCGUGUCGCUGUCCUCAAAUCUUUUGCGUCCCUGUCGGGUUUUUAUUUUUAUUAUUUUGUUGUUUUAUAUUUGCUGUUUUUUAUUUUUCGCCCGACGUUCCUUCUUUUGUUUCUUCCACGCGCACUGCAAACCGCGAAAUCCAAAAGCGCCAUCCGACCAAUCGACGGUGCCGAUCGACCCUAGAGGCCGAUACCUCCCUCCCCCGGGAAUAAACCGUCUUACCGAAACACCUGUGUGUGGUCGUGGCCAGCUGGUUCUCUCUUGCAGGAGAGACCACCUGGUUGACAGCCGCACCGACAACACCGAAAAACUGGCUUUCCUAACCGGCUCGUCGUCGUCGUCGUUCAGCGACCGGCCCGCACGCUCUCACCACCGACGACGCUCCUCCGCCUCGGUCGUAGGAGCCUCUGGACCUCCCACACAGGUCCUCGGGGUCCACCCCCGUCACCAGCCCACGCUGCUCUCGCCGAUUCCGGGCACCCCGAGCGAUCCUGACAUGUCAUUAUCUCGAAGCCCAUCUCCCGUCCCCGGCGGGGGGUGGGCGAGCCCCGGCCUCAACAUCACCGGCAGCGGUCGGAAUAGCCCCUCGAGGGGCUUCACAAGCGGCAAUAGUGGCAGCAGCCCCGUCAUAUGGGAGGGCGCGCGCCUCAAGAACGGCGCCUCUAACAGCGGCGCUGCAUCCGGCGGCUUCAGGACCAACACCGGCAACCAGCGUGGUAUCAUGGGCCACGUACGGCGUUUAUCGUCCGGCCUGCCGCUGUGGAACAACGGCCGCGCCGCGACGCCCUAUGCCGAGAAGGAAAAGCUUGGCCGGGGGAGGUGGCAUGCCGAUAACUUGCCGCUGGUUUCCAGGGUUAGACGCGCCUAUUCUCGGACAAGUAGGAGAACUCGUAUUGUCCUGUGGGCACUGGGACUCAUCCUUCUUGCGACCUUGAUUUUUUACAAUACCCCCCUCGUCUAUCAUUACCGGAGAGCACCGGCACUCGGCGGAGGACAGAAGUUCGUUGUCAUCCUUGCUGCAAACGUCGGCGGAGGUGUCAUGGAAUGGAAGGGUGCUCGGGAAUGGGCUAUCGAGCGCGAUAGCACCCGGAACAAAAAGAAGUAUGCUGCUACAUGGGGCUACGACCUGGAGAUUGUCGACAUGAGCACCAAGAAACGCUAUGCCCACGAGUGGCGUGAGAGCUGGGAGAAGGUCGACUUUGUCAGGACCUGCAUGCGCAAAUACCCAAAGGCUGAGUGGUUUUGGUGGCUGGACCUCAACACCUUCGUGAUGGAGCCUUCCUACUCCCUCCAGAGCCACAUUUUCAACGAUAUUCAGAAGCACGUCUACCGCGACAUCAAUGCCUACAACCCCCUCAAUAUCUCGCAUCCGCCGACCGACACGUACCUCGACGUGGAAUCUCGGAGCUCUGAUGGCGAUGGGAACCCGAACUCGGUCAACCUGAUCCUCUCGCAGGACUGCUCGGGGUUCAACCUGGGCUCCUUCUUCCUCCGCCGGAGCGCCUGGACUGAUCGGCUUCUCGAUGUGUGGUGGGAUCCCGUGGCCUACGAGCAGAAGCAUAUGGAGUGGGCGCACAAGGAGCAGGACGCGCUGGAGCAGAUGUACGUGGCGCUGCCCUGGGUGCGCAAGCACACGGGCUUCCUGCCGCAGCGCAUGAUCAACAGCUUCCCGCCGGGCGCCUGCAACGAGCACGGCAACGACUCUCGCAUCCACUACGACGAAAAAGACCGCGACUUCCUCGUCAACAUGGCUGGCUGCGAGUGGGGCCGCGAUUGCUGGGGCGAGAUGUACAACUACCGCGAACUGAGCUACUACCUGAACCGCACCUGGUGGGAGCGCUUCAAGGAGGACUUCCUGGCCCUCAUCUGGUUCAAGCUCACUGGCCAGAAGGUCAAGUUCUGAGCGGAUCCCGUCGGCCAUGUUUUCGAUAUUAUACCCUUAUCGAAUCUGCUUGCAUUUCUGCAUUCUCGGACACGGGAGGGACUUGACGUCAUUGAGAGAUGAGACACGAUAAUCAAGCGUUCUGCGCCGCUGGUGGUGGGAUUAGUCUUUGAUCCCCAUUCUUGUUUGAUCGACCACGAUGGAUCGAUGUGCCGCUAUCUUGCCUCUACAGGAGGAUGGCGCUUCUUGUUCUCCAUUUCUUGUUCCCCCUUUAUAUUUCUGUUUCACCUUUUCGACCUGCACCGCUUUUUUUUCUUCUUUCCCUGCCGCCAGCGGCUGCUCUCUGCAUUUUCUCGGCUUUGGAGUAAGGAAUAGAAUAUUAAUGUUUACCAUGUGCAUCCAUCAGGCGUAUUUUCUCUUUUCCCUCUUGUUCACUGUGUGUAUUACGUCUUUGAUUGGGUUCUUUUUAUACUCUCCCAGUCUGUAUACUGUUCGUUUCUAUAGAUUCUUGUACGGCGUCACUAUUUUUCCUUCUGGUUGGGGAAUCGCCUGUUAUGUGUUCCGGCGGCAAUGACAAGGCGAGCAGGUAACUGAUCACGGUAUCGUACAUUGAUUGAUUGAUCCCAUCUUGCGGGUGUCUCUACGCGAGUAUGGGAUGCACAGCAUCCUGCGCCCUGAGACAGGUAAAGCGUCUCUAGGUCUUCUGCCCACGCAUGUGGCACGCAAACAGGUGCCUGUCUCCUCGACGCGACGUUUGCGUCCCACGUGUUGCAAGACCUCCCGUGGCGCUAGACAAGACACGGCUUAUCUUGCCGAAGCUCUCUCUAUUUUUUUUUUCACAUCGUUAUUUCAUUCUUUCACCGUGGCCCUUGUGUUGUACAACCUAGGCGUUCGCAGCGUGCGACGCCAGGCCUCUGGCUCGCCCGCCUGCAGCCGCGUUUCCUUGGCAACGUCGGCCGGCUGCUUUCGCUAUCGCUUGUCCUGGCCUCCCUGUGUCGCCUCAUAUCUCCCCCCUAGGCUCUGCGGCUCAUGUAGCCGUGUCGCUUCCCGG